AUGUUUUCUUUUAUUAGUCUUAAUAUAACUUAUGACAAGUACUAUCAAACACCACGUCUUUGGUUAACUGGUUAUGAUGAACAUCAUAAACCUUUAUCAGUUGAAAAAAUGUAUGAAGAUAUAAGCCAAGAUCAUGCAAAAAAGACUGUAACAAUGGAACAACAUCCGCACUUACCUGGAACAGGACCUAUGCCUAGUAUACAUCCAUGUCGUCAUGCUGAUGUGAUGAAAAAACUUAUUCAAAUGGUAGCAGAAUCUGGCAAAGAACUUGAAGUUCAUAUGUAUAUUAUGAUUUUUCUUAAAUUUGUGCAAGCAGUCAUUCCAACAAUUGAUUAUGAUUAUACACGUCAGUUUAAUAUAUAA